AUGGCGGCAGGAUUAAAGUUUGACAAUUAUCAAAGAAACCAGUAUCUAAUCAACGAAGCGGGUUACAAGGCACCAAAGGCAACAUCCACCGGUACUACAAUUGUCGGGUGUAAAUUCAAAGGCGGUGUUGUUAUUGCAGCAGAUACACGUGCUACUGCAGGCCCUAUUGUUGCAGAUAAGAAUUGUGAGAAAUUACAUCGUUUAGCCCCAAAGAUAUGGUGUGCCGGUGCAGGUACAGCAGCUGACACGGAAAUGGUUACCCAAUUGAUUGCUUCAAACUUAGAAUUACAUUCCAUGAAUACAGGUAGAGAACCAAGAGUUGUUAGUGCAAUGCAAAUGCUCAAACAACACUUGUUCAAAUACCAAGGAUAUAUUGGCGCUUACUUGAUUGUUGCUGGUGUUGAUCCGUCGGGUAUUGGUUUGUUCAGUAUCCAUGCACAUGGUUCUACAGACGUUGGAUUCUACAUGUCGCUUGGCAGUGGUUCAUUGGCUGCAAUGGCAGUUUUAGAAAAGGACUGGAAGGAAGACUUGACAAGAGAGGAAGCGAUGAGAUUAGCAAGUGAUGCCAUUCAGGCAGGUAUUUGGAAUGAUUUGGGAUCGGGUUCAAAUGUUGAUCUGUGCGUUAUGGAACUUGGUAAAGAUGCACAAUUGUAUAGAAACUACCUGACGCCAAACGUUAGAGAGAAGAAACAAAACAACUAUAAGUUCCCUAGAGGAACGACUGCCAUCCUAAAGGAAACCAUCUACAACUUGGUUGACGUUCAGGAAAUGGAAGUUGAUGCAUAG